GCUCUGACAUCAUCGCGCAGCGACGCGGUUGGGAGCGGCGCCGCGAUGUUCAAGGUAAUGCGUCUGGGGGCUGCACCUGCUAGCCUGAGCUUGCUGUCCAUCCAAGUAUAUGCUUCAUCCUCGGAGAAGGAAACUCCAAAAAAAGAGUUGCUAAAAAUUGAUGAGCUUUCACUCUACUCCUGUCCAACUCAUGAGUCUAAAUAUGUGGAGGAACCACAAACCCAGUUGGAAAAGGGGAUCUCAUAUCUGCGGCAUUCUGUGGAGCCAUAUACAUCUUGGUGUCAGGAUCUUUACACUAAAGCUAUGCCCAAAGUAGAAAAAACUGUUGAGCGUGGUAGAGAAAGUUGUGAAUUUCUCAAAAAUCCCCCGCCAGGAUUUUACCCAAGGCUUGGUGUCAUUGGUUUUGCUGGAAUUGUUGGACUGUUUCUUUCUAGAGGUUCAAAAAUAAAGAGGUUGGUGUAUCCAGUGGGCUUCAUGGGGAUUGGUGCCUCGCUAUAUUAUCCACAACAAGCUGUUGCUAUUGCAAAGGUCACUGGUUCAAGGUUGUAUGACUGGAGUUUGCAAGGAUAUGUAGCUGUAGAAUCUCUCUGGAAGGAUAAUCCUAAAAAGAAGAAAUCUGGGAAAAAAGCAAGUGACAAGUCUGAAGCCAACAAUGACAUGCCAGUGGAAGUACACGUCAAUUCAGGUGAAGAAAGAACCAUGAAGUAGAAUGCGCCAUCACUUCCCAUCAAACAGGUGCAUAGAAGAUUUAGACAAGAUCAACAUUUUUCUA